AGUUAAGUAUAUUCUUCCCUCGACUAGAUUCGAACGUUCUAAUCAAACGAAAGGUUAAAUUAUCAGAUUUCUAAACUUUUAACUUGUAUUUUCGAACUUUUCAGGUCAAAAACUAUAAGAUUUGAUAAGUUUUAACAAAAAAAAAAAUAGGCCUCUGAGACAAAGUUCAGCCUACUUCUAAGUAAUUCGUGAAUCGUGAACGUUUGUCUAACGAUGCAUUAUAAUUAUUUAUUUCAUUCACUGUCAAAAACACAGAGGCAAAAAGUAACCUCAAAGUUUGUGCUAUAAACACAUCAAACAAACAGUAUCGGUAGCGCCAUCUUACAGAAACGGUGGGAACUAUUUUCACUUCAAACUUGAGCGUUUUACCACCGAUUGCACCAUUUGAAUCGUGUUGCAGGAUGCCAUCCUAAUUUCGACCAUAGUUGCCAACUUUGGAGAGUUGAGUAACUAAGUGUGAGUUUGUAUAUCGCGUAUCGUAUAGUCGUAUAGAUAUAAUACGCAGACGUAUCACUAAAGUAAAGUUUCCAUAAUAAUAAAAAGACAAUGUUUAUGUGAAGCAAACUACAGUGCGGCUAUCAACUUUGCACGUUUUACUUAAAUACUGGGUCUACGAGACAAAUGUCUGUUUAAUAACAAAAUGGAACAAGUGAAACAGAAAAAACAAUUCAGAGAAUUAAAACAACUACGAGCAUUUCCAGUGGGAAAAUAUGAUACUCUACUUUCCGUGCUUGGGGAGGUAUGUGCAUAUGGACAAUGUAACGCUCCCACAACUGGACUUCAGACAAAUUCUUCUCUUGGAACAACUGGAAUAACUGGAAACAAUGUUGUGACUUCUAAUUCUGUAGGACACGUUCCUGCACAACAAACACACGUUGCUCCACAACCUCCUGAACUACCAAACAAAAUGGAACAAACAGAACAAAACAAACAAUUCAGAGACUUGAAACAACAACCACAUCCAGUGGAAAAAUUUGAUUCUCUUAUUACUGUGCUUGGAGAGGUCUGUGGAUUUGGAUGUAAUGCGCCCACAGCUGGGCCCUCAACAAGUGCUUCUGUUGGAACAGCAGGAGCAACUGGGAGUACUGUUGUGGCUCCUAGUUCUUUAGGACUUGUUCCUACACAACAAACACACACUCCUCCUCAACCCCCUGAACUGCCAAUGUUUUCAUGUCCUCGGAGACCAGAUAUUGGACGUGAAGGCAGACCAAUCAGUUUAAGAGCUAAUCACUUCCAAAUUACAAUACCACGUGGUUAUGUGCAUCAUUAUGAUAUUAACAUCCAACCUGAUAAAUGUCCUCGUAAAGUUAAUAGGGAAAUUAUAGAAACAAUGGUUCACGCGUAUAGUAAAAUAUUUGGAACUCUGAAGCCUGUGUUUGAUGGCAGAAAUAAUCUGUAUACAAGGGAUCCCUUGCCCAUUGGUGCUGAGAAAAUAGAAUUAGAGGUAACGCUACCUGGUGAGGGUAAAGAUAGAGUUUUCAGAGUGGUGAUAAAAUGGGUGGCUCAAGUUUCUCUGUUUGCUUUAGAAGAAGCUCUAGAAGGACGUACAAGACAAAUUCCAUAUGAUGCUAUACUUGCUUUAGAUGUUGUAAUGAGGCAUUUACCAUCUAUGACAUAUACUCCAGUAGGUAGAUCAUUUUUUAGUACACCAGAUGGAUAUUAUCACCCAUUAGGUGGUGGCAGAGAAGUAUGGUUUGGCUUCCAUCAGUCUGUUAGACCAUCUCAGUGGAAAAUGAUGUUGAAUAUCGAUGUCUCUGCAACUGCAUUUUAUAAAGCACAACCUGUCAUAGAAUUUAUGUGCGAAGUAUUAGAUAUUCGAGACAUAAACGAACAAAAGAAGCCCCUUACAGAUUCUCAACGAGUUAAAUUUACCAAAGAAAUUAAAGGUCUUAAAAUCGAAAUUACGCACUGCGGAACAAUGAGACGAAAGUAUAGAGUAUGUAACGUUACACGCAAACCUGCCCAGAUGCAAUCAUUCCCAUUACAAUUGGAAAAUGGACAAACGGUUGAAUGUACUGUUGCAAAAUAUUUCUUAGAUAAAUACAAAAUGAAGUUGCGUUAUUCGCAUCUUCCUUGCCUACAAGUCGGACAAGAACACAAACAUACAUAUUUACCGCUUGAGGUUUGCAACAUUGUUGCUGGACAACGUUGCAUCAAGAAAUUAACUGACAUGCAGACGUCCACCAUGAUAAAAGCCACAGCCCGUUCUGCUCCAGAUCGUGAACGAGAAAUAAACAACUUAGUUAAAAGAGCCGAUUUUAAUAACGAUUCAUACGUUCAAGAAUUUGGCUUGACAAUAUCGAAUAAUAUGGUGGAAGUUAGGGGUCGUAUUCUAGCUCCACCCAAGCUACAGUACGGAGGGCGCUUGAGUUCCCUCAGUUGUCAGGCAAAGAACCAGGCCUCACCAAUUCAAGGUGUAUGGGACAUGCGUGGCAAACAAUUCUUCACGGGCGUGGAAAUCAGAGUUUGGGCAAUAGCUUGUUUUGCACCACAAAGAAGCGUUCGCGAAGACUCAAUACGGCUGUUUAUAGCACAAUUGCAAAGAAUAAGCAAUGAUGCUGGAAUGCCCAUUAUUGGACAACCAUGUUUCUGUAAAUAUGCUACUGGGCCAGAUCAAGUGGAACCCAUGUUUAAAUAUUUAAAAAUGACAUUUGCAUCGUUGCAGCUUGUGUGUAUUAUACUGCCUGGAAAAACUCCUGUAUAUGCUGAAGUCAAAAGAGUUGGAGAUACAUUAUUGGGUAUGGCAACUCAAUGUGUACAGGCAAAAAAUGUUAAUAAAACAUCACCGCAAACGUUGUCUAAUUUAUGCCUGAAGAUUAAUGUAAAGUUAGGUGGCAUUAAUAAUAUUUUAGUACCCAGUUUUCGGCCAAAGGUGUUUGACGAACCUGUCAUAUUCUUUGGAGCCGAUGUAACUCAUCCACCUGCUGGAGAUAAUAAAAAACCUAGCAUAGCCGCAGUGGUUGCUAGUAUGGAUGCUCAUCCAUCUCGAUACGCAGCUACUGUUAGAGUUCAACAGCACAGACAAGAGAUCAUUCAAGAACUUAGUUCAAUGGUGAUGGAACUUCUCCUUAGAUUUUAUAAAAGCACUGGGGGAUAUAAACCACAUAGAAUAAUUCUUUACCGCGAUGGUGUCUCAGAAGGACAAUUCUUGCACGUCUUGCAGCAUGAGUUAACUGCCAUUCGCGAAGCUUGCAUGAAACUCGAAGAUGAUUACAAACCUGGGGUAACAUUCAUCGUAGUACAGAAAAGACAUCACACGCGAUUAUUUUGUUCGGAUAAGAAAGAACAAAGCGGAAGAAGUGGAAACAUCCCAGCGGGUACAACAGUUGAUAUUUGUAUAACGCAUCCCACCGAGUUUGAUUUCUACUUAUGUAGUCACCAAGGCAUCCAGGGCACUUCACGACCAUCGCAUUAUCAUGUACUCUGGGAUGAUAAUCACUUCGAAAGUGACGAAUUACAGACUCUUACGUAUCAACUGUGUCACACAUAUGUUAGGUGUACAAGAUCCGUUAGUAUACCUGCGCCAGCAUAUUAUGCUCAUCUUGUAGCAUUCCGAGCCAGAUAUCAUUUGGUAGAAAAAGAACAUGAUAGUGGAGAAGGAUCUCAUCAGUCGGGCUGCAGCGAAGACAGAACACCAGGUGCAAUGGCAAGAGCUAUCACAGUUCAUGCAAACACAAAGCGAGUUAUGUACUUUGCAUAAUUCUUCUUCUUUAAGCCUUUCUCAUACACAUGCCACUAUAUAAUAUCAUCAAAAUUAUAAUCACCAUAUCUUGCAUGUGGAUAUUUCUAGACUGCUUAAAUGCUAGAGAAUUAAUCUUGCGUGGCCAAUUUUUUUGCUUGUUUAAAUAAGUCUGUCCAAUACCUUGAAUGUGUCGAGUAAAUUUAUAUCAAAUUUUUUUCCCCUUCCUUUUUAGUAUUCUAUUUUAACAUACCGACUAGGUUUUGGACAGACUUUCCAAACAUUUUAGGAAGUAGGUUCUAAAAGAGGUGCUUUUAGUUAAUCAUGUUUUGGAUUAGAUUAUGACGUACGCAGCUUGACUCAUGAGACGUUUCGCGGUAUAGACAACAUGGACGAAUAAUAGAACAAACAGAUCAGCUGUUGUACAUAUUACGCUUAUUUUAUUUUUAGAUGUUGAAUUUGUAGGAUACAAAAUAGUACUCUAGCAUUUGUAGUAUACAAAAACACAAUGCUGCACGAAUUCAUCGUUGUAUGAAUCGCUUACGAGACUGUUAUCUCGUUUAUGCGUAAUUAUCAUAUUGUGUGGGAUGAAUUAACUAUUUUUUGUAAAAAGACUAGACAUGUGGGUCAUGCGUUAAUGAAAAAAAAAAUUGGCAUGGUACUUCUUAUCGUGCCAAAGCAUAUUCGUGAUCAUGCUCGUACGAUUCUCUAUAAAUAUAUUUAUGACACCUAUCAUAUUUAUCAUAAGCACUCAAAAAAUUAGUCACUCAAGUAAUAAAAUGUUGAUAGGGAGAUGCAAAUAAAUAAAAGAUUUGUAAAUGUUAACUGUCAAAGCCUCCAAGCCAAUGGCCAAAAUAAGUUAGGAAUCUAUCGUAUUAAAAUCCAAAGUUGUGGCAAGUUGAUUAAAUACAGUGUUAUACAACAGUGUUAUAUCAUAAGAGUUGUAAACAACAUUGUGCCACAUUGGCUGAAUGAUAUCUUUUAUUUUUGAGUUUUGUCUAAAUCUAAUGUCAUUUGUCAGGAUUGUUUAAGAUACUUGGAAUAUUGAUUUGAACAGAAGUCAGUGAAUCGGGGAAGUUUCGCAUAAUUACUGACUGUUGAAAGUGGCAUAAAUAAUCAAGGGUCAUUCUAUAUAUAAGGGGACGUAGUUAAACACGAUAUUAUUGAAUAAUUAUUAUGUAGAGCGAAAACCAAGAAUAUACAUUUUAUUCAAUUUAUUUUAGUUUUGUUUACAUUAGUAUUUUGCAUGUGGCACAGAAAUUAUCCUGUGCGCUUAUGUAAGAAAAGCUAACAAUAAGACGCAGCUGAUAAUGGGGUAGCACUUUAUUCAUAUCAAUUACGCAUUGUUGUUAACAUUUCGAAGGUAAAUGGGUACCUUUUAUGUGGUAUUUAAGACAACGGAACGAUAUCUGUUCAAAAAAAUACAAAAGCUUAAGUUAAACCUACAUGGCAUUAGAUUUGGGCUAAUGACAAAGACCCAACAAUGCAAAAAAUGAUUUGAUUAAUAGUAGGAUAAGGAUAAUUCAGUGAUUGAAAAAUAGGUGAGAAAUAUAAUGUGAAUUAUAUAUGGAAUUAUAUAAUGUGGAAUCAUAGGAUAAGUUAUUAUAUUUGUCGUGUAACGCAAAUUUUAAAGUCCUCAAAUUUAUAUUCUAACGAAUUCUUCAUUCAUGAUUCGGACGCAAAUAGAAUCUAUUUACAUGGAACAAUAAUCGUAAUCAACACAAUAACUGUAUUAAGAGCCUUACAAGCAACUACACUGUAGAGCCAAUAGAUAGGAUAAUGAAAUGUAUAAAUAUGUAUUGAAUACCGUGCGCAAGAAAUCGUUUACUGUAUAUUGCUAGAAUCAUUAAUGCACUAGUAACGUUUUAGAUGACCUUCAUUCUUACAAACACAACAUUUAAUUUUCUUUUAAUCUAACAGUAUUAAGAAUAGUAAAACGUACCAGUACACGAUCGAAGUAAAAAACAUUGUUCUCGAAUACACCGACGGGGUGUUGGAAAUUUUCCUUAAAUCUAAAUGCGGACACAUUAAUAUAUAUUAAUAUCAUUUGAGAUAUCGUGACUUGUGUCAUCUGGAAUGUGUGGAAUAUCGUGUAUUAAUGAUUCUAAUUUUAGAUUUUUAAGUACUAAAACGUUAAUAUUAUCGCGGAAAGUAUGAAAAGGACCCUCACGUACCACUAAUUAAUAUUUAUUCUAGUUGUAAAUUUAAGGACCCUCACGUACCACUAAUUAAUAUUUAUUCUAGUUGUAAAUUUAAGUCUGUAACCUAGAAAAUUACUUACAGUUACAUAACGCUUAUUAAUAACAUUUAAUACAUACUUUCCGACUUGGUUAAAAAAUUAGGGAAUUUGCUAAAUAUUAUUUGAACGUGAGUAAGGGUUGAAGCAUAAUCUUUGAGCGUUCGAAACGAUAGCUCAGCGGUUGAAUUAGUUUUAAAUAACAGCAGGCAGCAGAUAAGCAAAUGCAAAUAUUGAAAGUGGUAUAGCAAAUUAUAGUACUACAAAUCACGAUCAACGGGGGGAUGAAAAGUUUAUUAUUUGUGUUGUUGAGGGUAUAAAGGUACCAAAAUGUCCGAAUGCGAAGAGUUUAAUAAUUAGUGAAUUAAGAAUCAAUUUCAAUCGUAAUGAGGCCAUACAGAUCUAUUAGAUUUUAAGUAAGUGAAUCCAUAUGCUGCAAAUAAGUGCAGUCUAUGCGUAAUCGGUGCGCAAGUAAAUACCAAAAUUGGAGAUUUUAAUUCCAUUUUACUAUACAUCUUUUUGUGCUUAAAAUUAAGCAGUUCUUUUCGACGAGAUUUUUCUCGGAGAUGUUCGACAGUACUUGAUAUUUCCCUGCGCCCGAUCAAGACACUGACAUCCAUUUGUAAAUAUAUUUCAGUAAUUUAUCGAUAAAUCAUUUUCCCAUUUAGUAAUUAAUAUGCAGUGAGCAAAAAAUGGAAGCUUACAAAGAUUUUUGUAAUUUUUAAUUCGAUCGUAAUGAAUUGAGGUAAUAAUUGUAUAUUGUUUAUCCAUCUGUUUAAUCUGAUGCAACAAACUGCAUUAAAAGAAAGCAAUUGAUAUCAUACAUGAAACGCAAACUAAACUUGUACCUAAUACGUUUAAAAAAAAAAAGGAAAACAUAAAGACAAUUUAAACUUUGAAGGAAACGGGUUUAUGAAAUGAACUUAGCGUGUAAUAAAAUAACCGAGUCUAUUCACAAAACAAGAGUUUUCUCCUUACCACGUGUCCCAGACAUUUUAAAAUAAGACAAAUAAUUUAUAUUUGUAUAUCAGAUAACAUAUAUUAUAUAUAUAUAUGUGAAAAUUUACUGUAUUGCAUUUGUUAACAAAUGCUGUGUGCAAAAUAUACAUAUGAAUUAUACAACAAUUCCAGAAUUAAGAUAACGACAAACAUCUUUGUAUUUCGAAGAGCGUUUUUAAGUUACAUCUUAAUUAAUUGUAUUUGCAUGUGAUCGAUUUUUGUAAUUAGUAAGCCGUUUUACUUUUAAAUAAUGUCUUAUUCCCAGGAAAUCAUAAUUGUCAGUGUUAUUAUGUAGCGUUCAUUGAUAAGCUAAGUACAUAUACAGAUUAAUCGUAUCAAGCUCGAUGAGUAAUUAAUUGUUAAAACUAUUGAAUGUCUACUAAAUUAUUUCACAGUAUUAGUAUUAAUUCAUCAUCAUUUUUAUUGUAAUAUCAUCCGUGCACAAAAUUAUGUAGGAAAGUGGCGAUUCUUCUUUUUUAUUAUUAUUAUUAUUAUUAUUACUUUUUUUUUUUUUAGUAUUCGUAAGUGACUCAUGAAGCGCCACCAAAGCCUUGACGUUGCGAUAUUAUGAGUUUUGAGAAAUUCUACUUACGCUUAUGAUGAAAUAAAUAAAUUGUAUUAACGAGACUAAGCACUAUGUUUUAAUGUAAAAAGAUAAUGGUCAACUUUUCUAAGAAAUGCAAACAACUGUUUUGAGAAAACAACAAGAGUCUGAAUGGAUAUCAGGCGCAGAGUGAAUAGUUUCGUAAUUGACGCAAAAAAGCAAGUUGAAUAAUAUUUUUCCAGUGUUACUGUUUACUUUUCCUAUGAAAUCUGAACCAUUAUCUAGCAGCAUCGAUGAAAGCAUCAAGGAACUUAUAUUAUCCUAGUGUAAAUUUACUUAAACAAUAAAGCGUACGCGAAAGCGCUUAAGAGAAUAGAUAUAAAAACAAUAAAAUGUCAGCUUUAAGAAUGCCAGAACUUCGAACAAGAUCAGUGAUGGCGUUCCUAUUCAACAAUUAAUUAAUCCAAGCUUCAUUAUAUAGUAUCGUUGAUUUAUUAUUAUCUAGAUAUUUCUCGUUUCUAAAUGUGAAUGUGUCGUACCUACCAGUGAAUAUCGCACGAAUAAGCAUAUUGAAAUAAGGGGAUACCGAUUAAUGAUGAUCAUUAAUAACGAUAAUAAUUAGCCAACUGUAAAAGUAACGCUUUAUAGGCUAAGCUGAUUUCUUGCUGUAACGCGCUUCUUCAUCAGUGAUCUCAAAGAAUGCUUGUGCACCUUCUAUUUGUGUUACUGUAUGUUAAAGCACGAGCUCUUUUAAUCUUACGCGUAUCAACGGGCUCGAGCACCGUAAUUACUCUAACAAUAACAAACAAAAUUCACGCAAGUUUGUAAUUUCGAAACUCCGAAUCACAAUCGAAAAGAAUACGAUUGCUGUUUGUAGGCAGUCUGUCAGGCGACUUUUACUAUACCAGUAGGAUAAUAAUCGAUAAUUUGAACAAUUUCUGAUUACUGUAGCGAUCGAUAAUUCAGAUUUUUUAUAUUCACUAUUCUGUUAAUGCAAAAGUGAUGCAAAUUUCUUUUGGAUCAAGUGUACAUUCUGCAAAAUUGUAGAAAUAAUUUUUGAAUUAAAAUUAAAGUCAAUCGGUUCAAUUAGGAAUGCAAUUAAUAAAUUGUAUGUUAAAAACGUGUAAUGCGUUUGUCACUUAUACAUGAAAUUACAAUAUUCUUAGAGUAAUUGUUACGUUCGAUCAUAUGUUAUAGUUAUAAAGUAUUAACACUUUAUCGACUGGUAGCGUUUGGACAUAUGUAUAAUUAAAUUUAAUAAUAUUUUUUAUUUUCGUAAGAUUAGUAUUUACCGUAUUUCUUUUUUCUUUUAAAAAUUGUGUUCGUAAGAGCUAAUUUUCAAGUUUUCCAAUACAAUCUAAUGCAGCAUGUUACCCACCGUGUGGAAUGAAAAUUGCAUUUACUUUUGUAUCAAUUCAAUCAAGUGAUGUAUCGUUGUAAUAUUUAGCGUUUAAUGCACGACAUUUUCGACGAAAAUACGAUAGCAUAAGCUCACGAGAGUAUGAGUAAAGGGUGUUGUGAAUGCAAAGAAAGUAUGCAGUAAGAAAAUAUUAAAAUUACAAAUGAAUAAAUUGAAAGACUGUUAAAAAUGCGACUUUGGGCGCGUUUUAAUUAUGAUUGGCUUUAUUCGAAAGGCAUUGCCGACAAAUGUGAAUAAAUAAAAUGGAUAGCGUAACGACGACAACACUUGCAACUGGCAAAGUUUAUCGAGUCAGCUGAUCGUAUUAGGGACGCGGUAUCAGUUAUACGGUUUCAACAAGUUGAAACACUUUUAAGUGAAGUUACCGAGAUCUGUGAAAAUUUACAAUUUCGUUAAAAUUUUGUGUCAUUUCAUAUUGCAUGCCUGUUGUUUUAGUUUCGAGCUUUUAUACAAAAAUGUAACAGAAAGAAAUAUUAGAAUGCUACUGUACCUGUUGAAUUUUGGGAAAUACAAAUUAAAGAAAGAUCGUCUCAGUAUGAGUGUAUUAAACAUUGUCAAUAGUAUCUGGUCAAUAUGUUCAUUUUAAAGAGUCAACUUAAAAAUGUAUGCUUCGCUAAAGCGAUUCGUUCGUACUACUAUAAAACACUUUGGUGAACACUUGAACACCGAAAGACUUUUAUAUGCUUGUAUCAUUUUACGUAUUUUGCAUCGAUUUGUCAAUUUAUCCUAACUUUUAAAUAGUGUACUUUUCAAAAAUGACAAUUACAACUUUCAGAAUUAUAUUUUUCAGUGAGGUAUUCAAAUUGAAUACAAGCAUGUAUUUUAUGACACAUACCGUAUGUCCGAUUAGGGUGUGAAUUGAUGUCAACUGUAUGUUUCGAAUAAAUUUAUAUUUCCUUUAUUAUUUUUACAACAUAAACGAUCAAUGUAUUUUCAAUUAAAUAUUCAAUUGGGGAGUAAAUAAAACUAUUAAAUCACUAAAAAGAAA